UUCAAUCACUAAUGAAGGGUCCACUACUAUUGUUUUCCUGAUACCUUGAGCCGAAAGUUAAUGGUCCCUCCUUACCCGACGGGGCCACGAAUUGGCAAGGCCACAUUUUUUAUAUUCCUUCUUCCAAUUUCACUUUUUAAGGGAGUGUCAUUGUCCUGUGUCUGUUUGUUCAACCAAAGCAAGAGAGAAUGUCAGGUCCUCAGUGCUGCUCAAACCCACCGACAUUGAACCCUGCAAGUGGAGUUGGCCAUGUUGAGAACCUUGCUGGCUUCAAGACCUAUGUCACCGGAUCUCUUCACUCCAAGAUUGCUGUUCUUCUUGUCUCUGAUGUUUACGGAUAUGAGGCUCCAAACUUGAGGAAGCUUGCAGACAAGGUUGCAGCUGUGGGGUUCUAUGUGGUGAUUCCUGACUUCUUAUAUGGAGAACCCUUUGUCCCUGAGAGAUCUGAUAGACCUUUAGCUGUUUGGAUAAAGGAUCAUCGACCGGAAAAAGGGUUUGAAGAUGCAAAGCUGAUAAUUGAGGCUUUGAAAAGUAAAGGAGUUUCAGCAAUUGGAGCUGCCGGCUUCUGUUGGGGUGCCAAAGUUGUGGUUGAACUGGCAAAGGAUGCCCUUAUCCAAGCAGCUGUGAUGUUACAUCCUUCAUUUGUGACUGUGGAAGAUAUCAAGAGUGUGAAGUUGCCCAUUGCUAUACUGGGAGCUGAGAUUGACCAAAUGUCUCCCCCAGAACUUGUGAAACAGUUUGAUGAGAUCUUAAGUGCUAAUGAGGUUGAUAGCUAUGUGAGGAUAUUCCCUAAAUGUGUUCAUGGAUGGACGGUCAGAUACAAGGUUGAUGAUCCAACAGCUGUGAGGUGCGCAGAUGAAGCUCAUCAAGAUAUGCUGCAGUGGUUUACCAAGUAUGUUAAGUGAGAAACUAAUCGGAUAAUAGUGUAUUCCCUAGAACUCUGUUGCUGUUGGUGUUGAAUGGCUGAAAAUCUACCUUUGAGUUUAUAAUAUGCUGGUGUUUCUGAAGAAUAAGAGAGUGAUAUCUGAUGCAUUGUGCCAAAUGCGCAAGACAGAACAUUGUAGCAUCAGGAAAACCAUGAAUAAAUGUAUUACCGUCUACAUAUUGGGCCUUUUAGCCAAUGCAUCGAAAUUGCUGUUAUGUGGUUUGACAUGAAUUAUGUACCUCGGUUUUUACUGCAGACAUUAUAGCAUGCAUGUAGCUUAUAAUUGGACCA